AUGGCGUCGACUCACUCGCGAUCCAACAAUCAAACCCCGUCACCUGGUGACGACGCGUCUUUUGGCUGGCAGUUAUUCCACGAUCGACAGCGUAAUUUGAUUUAUUACUUGCACACGUACACGGGGGAAGUGCGAUGGCCACGACCGGAGACCGUGGGCUUUGUCAUGCACGGGCUCAAGCCUCUUCCUGCAGCUGCUACUAUGGACACGGAAGCUGGAGACAAAAUGGACAAAACGGACACUAGCAGCUUAGUGAAUCCAGAUAUUUGGAGCCCAUACUACCCCCACGUGGUCAUGCUGCCCUCUGGAUUGGUUCAAGUGCACCCUAGUCCAGCAGGUUCCGAUGCAACCGAGAUGUGGUGCGGGUACAACCGCUUUCCGCUUACUGCUAAUGCUAAAGCUACUCGAGCGUUUCCAGAGCUCCUCCAUAGCUCAAAGGGAUAUUGUGCUUCAGCUAUGAUGACGUGCAAGCCGAGAUUGUUGCCACCAACAUGGGAAGACUCGAGCACCGGUCCUCCUUUCUUGCCUCCGUACCCCGUGACUAUUCUUGAGCGUGAAGCAAAUAUGGAGGAAGAUAAACGUCCAGCUGCAGCAGGAUGUGACCAAUUCGAGACAUUUCAUACGCCUGAAAUUGAGAUCCCUUGUAGUACUCCUUCUCUUCAGACGAGUGAGUGCGAAGGACGAGAGGAAAGCUCUAUGGACUCGUUGACAAGCAGCAAAACUAAAACGAGCAUUGCCCCGGCGAAACAGCUAGCUUUCCCAAAAGAACUGCCGGCACCAAAUCCCGAGAAGAAGGAGCAUAAUCGAAAGGGAUACCUACUCCGCCAAGCGAGGAAAAUGAUUCGAGGAAGUGGCGGCACUGCUGCUGCUGUAGCAUCAGCUUCAGCGAUUAGGCCACGUAAGAACCAGGAGAUGGUAUCAGCUAUUACGACAAGACCAGAAGUAGCGGUACGCACGAUGGAAGAAGUUCAAGACAACGGCAGUACCGUUACAGAAUCGAACAUGCAGCCCACAAGACUGCACCGCUGA